AUGGGGCGCCUGGAGCUGGUGAUCUUGGGCCUCACCUGCUGCUUGGCAGUGGCGAGUUCGGCAAAGUUGGGCGCCGUGUACACAGAAGGUGGCUUUGUGGAAGGUGUCAACAAGAAGCUUGGCCUCUUUGGCGACUAUAUCGACAUCUUCAAGGGCAUCCCCUUUGCUGCUGCCCCCAAGGCCUUGGAGAACCCCCAGCGACACCCUGGCUGGCAAGGAACUCUGAAGGCCAAGGACUUCAGGAAGCGAUGCCUGCAGGCCACCGUCACUCAGGAUGAUACCUAUGGAGAGGAAGACUGCCUCUAUCUCAACAUCUGGGUCCCCCAGGGCAAGAAGGAAGUUUCUCGGAACCUACCUGUCAUGGUCUGGAUCUAUGGAGGAGCCUUCCUCAUGGGCGCCGGCCACGGAGCCAACUUUCUCAACAACUACCUGUAUGAUGGCGAGGAGAUAGCCACGCGUGGCAACGUCAUCGUGGUCACCUUCAACUACCGUGUUGGCCCUCUGGGUUUCCUCAGCACUGGAGACUCCAACCUGCCAGGUAACUAUGGCCUUCGGGACCAGCACAUGGCUAUCGCAUGGGUGAAGAGAAACAUUGCAGCUUUUGGAGGGGACCCCGACAACAUCACCAUCUUUGGGGAAUCCGCUGGAGGUGUCAGUGUCUCUCUGCAGACCCUUUCCCCUUACAACAAAGGCCUCAUCCGGAGAGCCAUCAGCCAGAGUGGUGUGGCACUGACCCCUUGGGCCAUCCAAAAGAACCCACUCUUCUGGGCCAAAACGAUUGCCAAGAAGGUGGGCUGCCCCAUGGAUGACACUGCCAAGAUGGCCAAGUGUCUGAAGAUUACCGACCCCCGUGCCCUGACUCUGGCCUACAAGAUGCCCCUGGCUGGCAUGGAGUACCCCAUGUUGCACUAUCUGGGCUUCCUCCCUGUUGUUGAUGGAGACUUCAUCCCUGACGACCCUAUCAACCUGUACGGCAACACUGCUGAUAUUGACUACCUAGCAGGCACCAACAACAUGGAUGGCCACAUUUUUUCCAGCAUUGAUGUGCCAGCAGUGGACAAGACUAACAAGGUUGUCACAGAGGAGGAUUUUUACAAGCUGGUCAGUGGACUCACCAUCACCAAAGGGCUCAGAGGCGCCAAUGCCACCUUUGAUUUGUACACUGAGACCUGGGCCAGUGACUCAUCCCAGGAGACCAGGAAGAAGACCGUGGUGAAUUUUGAGACUGACAUCCUCUUCCUGAUGCCCACCAAGAUUGCCGUGGCCCAGCACAGAGCCAAUGCCAAGAGUGGCAAGACCUACAACUACCUGUUCUCCCACCCCUCUCGGAUGCCUGUCUACCCUGAUUGGGUGGGGGCUGAUCAUGCAGAUGAUAUCCAGUAUGUCUUUGGGAAGCCCUUCGCCACCCUUCUGGGCUACCGGCCUCAAGAUAAGACUGUCUCGAAGGCCAUGAUCGCCUAUUGGACCAAUUUUGCUAGAACUGGGGACCCCAACAUGGGCCACUCGGCCGUCCCCACACACUGGGAUCCCUAUACCACGGAGAAAGACAACUACCUGGAGAUCAACAAAAAGAUAGAUGGCAACUCCAUGAAGCAGCACCUGAGAACCAACUACCUGCAGUACUGGACCCUGACCUACCAGGCACUGCCCACAGUGAACAGUGGGGAGGCUGUCCCCGAACCCCCCACGGGUGACUCUGAGGCUGCUCCUCAGCCCCCCAAGGAUGACACUGAGGCCGCCCCCGAGCCCCCCGUGGGUGACUCUGGGGAGACUCAGAUGCCCAUAGCCAUUGGCUUCUAA